CACUCCUGUGGACAGACUGAUCUUCAGCACAAACUUAGAAGUGAGUCAAGGCAAUAUUACAGGAAGAAAUCAGUUGAAAAGAUAGAAAAGUAGGAAGGAUCUGCUUAAUUUGAUCUUCAUCAGCCCAAGUCUCCAGCAUUUAGUCCAGUAUUUUUGGACCAUAUUUUGUUGUGUGCUGCACUUUCAUCUGCUGCAAACCAAGAUGGAUUCUGAUGCUGGUUCCACUUGCAGCCGCUCCUCAUCUCCAGACCUAGUGGUGGAUGAUUCUGCUGGGAGCUUCUUCUCCAACAAGAUGUUCCAGACAUACUGUCAAGAAAACAGAGCAAACAGUGAGGCUGGCCAGGGAAGGACAGAAUGCUGCAGUGGAAGUGGAAAGGCCAAGACCAGGUCUGAGCUCAGCAAGGAAGAGAUGCAGGACCUGCGACUGAAAGUUAACAGCCGGGAGAGGAAAAGGAUGCAUGAUUUAAACCAAGCUAUGGAUGGCCUAAGAGAGGUCAUGCCUUAUGCUCAUGGUCCAUCCGUACGCAAGCUGUCAAAAAUAUCCACAUUGUUGCUGGCUCGCAAUUACAUUCUCAUGCUUUCCAGCUCCCUGGAGGAGAUGAAGAAGUUGGUGGGAGAUGUAUAUGGAGGCAGUGCAGCUGUUCAGGGACGCACUGGUGCACAUCCCAGUAUUACCCCUGCAGCACCCACCACCCAUCUUUCAUUACAUCCUUUGGCCCAGUCUUUGCAUUCUCUGGUGGGGAGCACACCCUCUGCUCUGCAGCAUCACGCGCCUUCUCCGGCCUCUGCUGCAGCACCAGCUCCACACUCUCCACCAUCAGCGAGCUUCCUGGGUUUUCAUCCUCCAGUCCAGGGCCUUCUGAAGGACCCCCUCCACUUGACCAGCUCCUACAGGCACUUUCCUGGCAUGCCUUGUCCUUGUUCACUCUGCCAGCCUUUGCCUACCACUACCUCCACACUGCACAGCCUGUCUAUGAACAAGUGAAAAUGAUCACUGCUGUUUGCAUAAAUGUAUUGAUCCAAACAGCUCACAGACAAUUAUCAAAUGAACUGAUGAGAUGAUGGCUGGUGCCAGACCCUGUGUAUACUGUAUAUAUUUUCUGUCAUGCAAACUGCUGCUAUUUUUAUCACUUGUUUCACUGUUUUUAUUGUUGUUUAUACAGAAAUUUUGUAAAUGCACCCGGGAUUUAUCAGCAUAACAAAGACUGUAAUUUAUCUGUGGUGAUUGAACAUUGCCAAAAAUGACACUGGUUUGUCCUAAUGUGCAGAAUUUCUAUUUUCCUAAAUUAAAUAAUUUUCUUAUAAUAAUA